UUUGGUCUAAUCUGUGAAGCGCUGUGAAGUGAGUUGUGUAACGCGUAGUAGGAAUAGAAGUUGGUCUUGUUUCAGUUCUACACGUGGAAUACAUCCUGUCGUUGACGUACACAGUUAAUAAGGGGAAAAUACUUUUGGAUUCAAGGACCUUAUUUGGCAGAAGUGAAUCAUACCUUAGGAGUACUCAAUAAAUACGGAUGAAGGUUAUUGGAAAAUGGUUUCUACAACUGUGAAGGAGAAUGGAGUUGAGGGUGGAGAGGUGUCAGGCCUGCCACCUGGUGAUUAUAGCCUCAUUGGAUGGGAUGUGGACACUACUGGACGGCGACUGCUUGAUGAAAUAUUCCAGAUUGCAGCUUUCGCUCCUGAAGUUAGUUUUUCUCAGUAUGUGAUGCCAUUUCGUGAUUUAAAUCCUGCAGCUCGGCGCAGACAUAACAUUAGAGUUGUUACUGUAGGUCGCUAUCGCAUGCUCAAGGACUCCAGGACUGGAAAGGUUCUAAAGACUAAAAGCGAGAUUUUUGGAUUAUCAGACUUCAUUCAGUGGCUAGAAGAUAUAAAAGGUAAUGCAAGAGAUGGUGUGAUUCUUGUAAGUCACGAGCCCCGCAAGGUGGCAGCACCGCUUCUUCUGGAGGCAUUGUACAAGUACAACCUGCUUGAGAGGUUCUCUGCUAUAGUGAAGGGUUUUGCCAAUGGAUACAAAGUGGCUGAGAUAAAAUGUGCCAAAACUGUGCACUCAUUUUCACUACGCACGUUGUCCCGUGUAUUACUGAAUAAUGAAGAGGACCUAGACAAUGCUGCAGAUAGAGCACGCCUUGCCUUCCAGAUAGUACAACACCUCUGUGCCGGGGAAGACCACCCAGAAAGCAACCAAGGCAGUCGGGAUGGAGGAUAUUCAGAAAAUCAUGGACUUGCAGAAGCUAUACGUCAGUUUACACUUACUGUAACCAAAGAGCAGAUGGAACUUGCCAGACUGAAGACUGUGUUGGAGCGUCAGAACUCUUUGCGUCCUGUGUUUGGUCCGUUGCUUCGUCUAAACAGGCGUGAGAGGCAACGUGCUAGCAAUUUACGCAGAAUUCUUGCUGAAGCAGGGAUUGAUUAUCCAAUGCUUUCUGCCACAUAUUCAAAGAAUGGAAAGGAAAGCAUUGCCCAAUUGCUGGCUUCAAAAUUGGCACAGGCAAAACCAAAAGAAGUAGAUGAAUUGCAUGAACUGUUAGUGGGCCACUUUGACCCAAAUUCAGAAUCAAAAACUGAGAAAUCUCAAUUGAAUAAGGAAAAUAGGUCUGGAAUUGGAGAUGUAAGUGGAUCCAGCACCCCAGACACUACAACUAGCUCACCUAUCAAAGCUCCCAGCUCAUUGGGUGAUAAUACCACCACUGACAGUACCAAUUCUCCCCAGAGUAAUACUGCUUCCCCACAAAAACAUUCCUUAUCUACUGGUUCAGUGGUUACCAUUGCAUCUGAGUCAGUGGUUACCCUUGCAUCUGAGUCCACUGCAUCCUAAACUUGAAUAUGCUAAGUAUGUUCGAUCAGUUUCUAGAGGAUGUCUGUGAGUGCCUUACCAAGGACGAGUUUUUGUUUGAUGCCACUGUUGCCUUUGUUCAAUAAAGUUGUUUUGUUAAUGUUCAUAUGAUAUAAGUGAUUAAGAAAAUAUAUCAGUUGUUUUGUUUUAAUUAGCUAUGGCCCAAGAUUGUUAUUUGUCUUAUUAAAUAUUUUGUGAUGCAAGGAAUAAAUUGUUUCUCUUAUUUUGUUUGUUAAUUUUGGGCACUGUAUGUGCCAGUGAGGAAACUUUAGUUCCACAGGCAGUUUCUGGAACAUUCUUCACAAGCAGUGAGAAAACUUGGUUCACAGUCAUUCUAAAUCAAUAUUCAGAUCUCAUUGUAACAAUACUAAAUAAAGAAUGAUUUGUCUAGAAGA